UACGUGCAUGCUGGUUACGCGUAGUUUUGGGUGUUUUAACAAAUAUACAUUGCACUUUUCGCUAGGUGAGAACAUUUGCGCUUGUCUCUUUAUAGCCUUGGGUCUUUUGCGUUGAAGCUUUGCCUAUUUUUCAGUUGCCAGGCACGGAUAAACAUCCAUCACGUAUGAAAAUGCGCUGUGGGCACGUGAACCGUGAUUUUAAUGGGGAAAGAAGAAACUUGAAACGGCACAUGAACGCUAAGCACAAAGGUUUACCAUUGUCCUUAAGAAUUGAAGUUUUGGUGCAGGUGGAAGGUGGGAAUCUUGGCUCCAAGGAACUGCAAGCUGCACAGUGAGCAGAGCUUACGAUGAUGCCACUCCUGAAUCAGCAUCUCUGCAUCCCUUGUCUGAGUACCCACCAAACUCCAGUCAGAAAACUGCAGUCGGUUGUGUUUGGUUAAAGCGCACAGAUCUGAUUAUUCAGUUCUAUGCGGCACAUCACCAUACUGUUCUCCACAAAACGCGAAAUAUGCUUGGAGCAGAGCCCAAGAUUUUGUCACAUCAGAGCCAGCUUCUCUGCAGUCCUCCUCUGAGAGCUCAUCAAACUUUGUUCAGGAAAGCACAGAGCCACCACAGAAGACCGGAUGUGGUCGACAACGCAUGUUGUCCCGACCCAGUGGCAGACGUGAUUUGCGCUCCGGCAGAGGCACUUCCAGCCUUCAAAGCGCUUCUGGGCAGCAUCUGGUGGCUUCACCAAGGAGAAAUAUUAUUUUCUGUGAUAUCUGUACUUCAGAGCCCCAUGAAAGUGACGCUCGCCGAACUGGAGUCUUCGCAUAUGAUUUCAAUCUCGGUUCCGAAUUUCCGCGCAGUGAUCCCAUGCCCAUGUUCAAGUCUUUAGAGUGGCCGUCAAGGGACAUUUCAUGUCCUCGCAACACAAGAAGACCGAGGCGCUGGCCAGAGAAGCGGAGGGCAAAGAGGCUGCUCGCUCGGGCGAACGUGAAUCCGUCGCCCAUCGUGUGCUGCGCGCGGCGUACUACAGAUAAAAAAUCGUUGCCGCGUGAAAAGUUUGAGGACCUCAUCGCCUUACUUCAUGCCAGUGAGGCAAAUGUGAAGGUAAAAACCACAGCGCAAUGUUCAUGAACAAGGCUCGUGAUGCCUUCUAUGAGGAGAUGAUGGGAAUGAUACGAAGGCAUGUUUCAUCUCAGCCGUGCGUCGCACUUGUUGUGGACAAGGUGGCGUUGAAUCGGCACACGGUAGACAUCACGGUCAUCAUCACGGUCGUUUCCGACGCACCAGAGGAGAAUCUCGUGCAGAGCCUCGUGAUCGGUUCCCCGGUGGUGAAAGACCAUGAUGGUGAAUCACUCGCCCAAGAGCUGAAAGCUACCCUGGCCACCGUGGGGAUUGAAUCAGCCCAAAGAGUAGCUUUCUUCGCAGCCGACGGCCAGUACCACCAUGCGUCAGUCCUUCAAAGACUGACAAACGCUCUUAACUGCGCGGACAAAGAUGGACAAGAUGAGGUAGCUUCAAUGCCUGCUGUGUGGGAUGCAAGCCAUCUUAUAAACUUGGCGGAGCAAGACGCUCGAGCUGGAACUGCGUGUCUGUGGGUGGACGAGACGAUAGACACUAUGACAGGGAUCACCAGAAGAUUUAGCCAUGGCAGAGGUCUGGAAGAACUCUUGGAUACAGCGGUGGAUGGUGCCACAACUGUGACACCUAAGUUGUGGUCUAACACCAGGUUCGCUGCGCACGCGGCCAACACCAUGAAGGCGUUCAGGACGAACUCCGAGACCAUGUGCGUGGUUUUGCGUGGCCGUCUCAAAAGAGAAAGAAGGGUGCCUGUCGCGCAAGAUCUAUGGAAGGACAUCUCUUCUCUCAAUGAUGAGACCUUCAAGACACGUUUGGCUGCUCUGCAUGAUGACUACGACGUCCUUGGGAGAGAUAGCCGGGCACAGCAGAAUACUAAGUUGCUAUCCUGGGAGCAUCGUGCUGAGUACGGCGCCACGGUCGACCAGCCACAUGCUAUGGCGUCAGCCGUAGCAGCCCUGGGUCAGAAGGACGUGCACCACACAGCGGAGGCCGUCGCACAGGUGGACUUCGAAGAGCUCUGGCCGAAUAUGGUCCGGUACAAGAGUAGCGUACAGGGCCCGCCCGUUCCAUCAUCAAUCAUCCCACGUCAAAUAAGAAGUCGAGCUCCUCCACUGAACUACGGAAGGAGGACUCAAGAGAAAACGCUGGAGUGGGCUUACGCGGAGAAGAAGUAAAUGAAGAUGCAUCGCAGUUUAGCCUGCAACGCCCAGGGAUAACUGAGGAGGGAUGAAGGGUGUUCAGUCUACAGCAGCCUUAUAAAAACAAAUCUGAAAGAUGCAUUUUUUGUUCAGCAUAGAAGACAUGGAAGAGAGAAAAAAGUCAUUUUAUUGAAUAUGGAAUGCAAGAACUAAUCACAUGAAGAGUCUCAGAAAUGUGAUACAUGACUGACGAGUAUUGAGAGCAAGAGAAAUGUGGGAACCACAAAGAAGAUGUUCUUAGAAAGCUAAUACCAAAAAAAAUCAUCCUUAUCAUAACUUAGUUUUCGCACCCUACUACCACUUUUAUCAAGAAUUUCACUGAAAUAGGUGAAAUGCACAGAUGUGAACAUUGAGACACAAAAAUGAGACUUAUUUGUCCAUUAAAGAGUUCUUGAUAACGUUUGACAGAGGUUUGGAGAGAUGUGAUGAAUUCGUAACUCUUCUGGGUUUACAAAUCUGCUACGUGGCAUGUUCUGACGGAAGCGGUGUUACUGGGUGAUUAGUUCAUGGUGCAGUUUACAAGGUGGCAUACCAUUAUUGGCAGGCAAUGUGUGCUAACAGACUUUAUGCCUAUUGCUGAAGUAUGCAAAAUGUCUUCGGUUUCUGGUGCGAUAAUGAAAACGGUAUGCUCAAUGCACGCUGCUGGUGAACUUAUGUGGUCACGUGACGUUUUCAAUGACCAAUGGACUUGCCUCUCGCAUGUCAUCCACCAUUACCAUUUUAACUUGGUUAAACUGAGCUGCUUCUUACCUUUAGUUGCUUAUACACAACGCUGCUGGUAACGGUUGGUU